GGGCUUGCUUUAAGGGUGUCUUGGAAUCAGGGCAUCUUUAAGGGUUGGAUCAGCUCAUUUUCCUGGCCUGGGCCUCCCAAGUUGUCUAACUUGAUGCUUUUUGAUGACCCUUUGCUGAUUUUUAUUCGGAAGCAACUGGGAUAUCUUUCCUCCUGACUACAAUUAGGGUUCCAGCUUCUGGUGGUGAGGGUAGCACAAAUGGCAUCUUUCUGGAACACAACCCUAUCUUCUUCCAUAAAGUACUAUACAAAUGUCAAGGUAUUAUCAGGAAUGAGAAUUUGCCCAACCAUUUUGUGAAGUAUCCUCAUUGCAACACUCUUUCCCCAGAGUCUGAUCUAACCAGAGAUGGCAGCUGAACCACUGCCCUUCUCCUUUGGGACGCUGUCUAGCUGGGAGCUAGAGGCCUGGUAUGAGGACCUGCAAGAGGUGUUGUCCUCCGAAGAGAACGGAGGGGCAUAUGUCCAACCCCCUGAAACAGAACAGGAAGAACUGAAAACGUUUACCACUCUUGACCCAGCUUCCUUGGUCUGGCUGGCUGAGGAGCCUGGGCCAGUGGGAAUCACAACUAAUGGCCAAAGCCCAUGCUCUCCUGAAUCCAGCCAAAGCUCGCUGGCCCAGGAAGAGGAAGAGGAGGAACAGGGGGAACAAGGAAGAGGAAGAAAUAGGAAACGGAGGAGGAGUGAGCAAUCCCCAGCCCGAGGUCGGAAGCAAAGUGUGAAAGAAAAGGAACAAGAGAACGAACGAAAGGUGGCUCAUCUGGAGGCAGAGAAUGAGCGCCUGAAGCGAGAGAUCGAACGAUUGACCAGGGAGGUGGACGUGACCCGCCAGGCCCUCAUUGACCGCAUGGUCAGUCUGCCACGGUCAUGAUGGCCAGACCAUGGGGCCCUGAACUCUGCUUUCCAGCACGUCCCCUUCCCCAGGAGAAGGGCUGCCCCAGAUGCCAAGCAGCAACCACUGAGGGAGCUGCAAAGGGAAGGCUCCCACUUUAUGUACAGAGAUGAUGUAUUUAUUAUAGCCUAGCUAGCCCAUUACAUUAAAACCAUUUGUACUGAAGCACA